AUGCAUGAAAUAUGUCAUUGGAUAAAAAACUCGGUUAGAAAUAUAUCAAAUUCAAAUUUGGCAAUAAUUUCAUUGGCAACUUGGUUCAUAUUGAAUAUCAGUACAUUGAUUCUCAAUAAAUAUAUUUAUGGUUGGGAUGGCUAUGGAACGGUUAGACCUCUGUUGAUUUUGAUUGCCAGUGGAAUCAUUGCAUUCCUCCUCAACGUCUUUACUUUCCUGGUGAUCAAAUACACCUCGCCACUGACCUACACCGUAAGUGGAAAUCUUAAAGUGGUUCUCAGUAUCACCAUUUCCAUUUUGAUCUUCAAGAACGAGGUCAAUUUCCUCAACGCAAUCGGUUGUGGUAUUGCCAUUAUUGGUGUCAUUUGGUACAGUCAAAUUCGUUAUGAAGCAAGUAGACCAAAAUCAUAA